AUGACAGAAGAGCAGUUGAAAGACGCGGAAAAAAUGCUAAAGGAAGCUGAAACUAAGUUAGAGGACAUUGAGAAUAUAUUGUAUGCUGAUAUGGCCAAGAAUACGAAGAAUGCCUUGAACACUUUACAAGAACGGUUAAGUUUUCGGUGGGGACUAGUAACAACACAUUUAGAAAAAAUACAGAAGUUAGAAAAGGAUGCUGUGCGAGCACGCACUUCAACAGACGAACAGUCUAAUGAGGACAAGACUACUAUUACGCCUAUACAAGUAGAGUCAAGUGCAUCAAACGAGUCAAGUGACGUAGAAUCCGAGAGUGAGGGGAAGACUGCAAUAUCUAAGCCCAUAAAAACACAGUCAAGUGAAUCUAGUGAUGAAGAGUCUGAAGAUGAAGAGAAUGACAUUUCGAAAGAGAUACACAUCAAUGGACGGAACAAGAAGGGGGACAAAAGUGAUAGAUUUAAUUGUAUUAUGUUUGAUCAUAAUGUCGUCUAUUUACUUGUUUAUUGCUAUAGCCCGACAAAACGGAAUAUGGACAAUUGCACAACUCCAUCGACAAUCGGCAAGAGUGAUUAUGAAAAUGAUACAUGGAAAACCCAAAAGAAAGCCAGACUGGAGGAUCAAAUUAGCGAGUAUGGCCAGCGCGCGUAUCGUGACCUAUCUACGAAACGCGGUAAGGAUUUCCGGACACAAAAGACCAAAAAGAAACGCGGUAUUUAUCGCGGUGGUAAAAUAGAUCUGCAGCCACGUUCAAUCAAGUUCUGA